UAAACAAUAAACAAAUUCAAAACCCAUGUGCCAGCGCCAUAAGCAAUUUAUUUUACGGUUUUACGUUGUAUACUGAAUUUUGAUUUUAAAGUUUUGAGUUUUACUGUUAGUGUUGUGUGUGUGAUUUUACUUGUUUUUGUUGUUAGUUAGAUUGUUAGUUAGAUAGUUAGUUAGUUAGUUAGUGAGUUUUCUUGUUUUUUAUUGUUACUUUGUGUUGUGGACUUGUAUAUAAUUAACUUGUUUGGACUUAAAGCGAUGGAAAAUCAAAAAAAAAAGGAGGGGCCCAAAUUUUAGCCAACCAGAAGUAACGCUUCUGUUGGAAAUAGCGCUAAAGUUCAAAUGUAUCUUGGAAAAUAAAAAAACAGACGCGGUAACUUGGCGCCAAAAAAAUCAGGCUUGGGAGAAAAUAGCCUCUGCUUUUAAUGCUAAGUCAGGUAUAUGUUAUUAAUAAUUUUAAAAUGAUAUGUUUGAUAACGUAUUACUUUUUAGGAACCAGCUUUCGUCCUGCUGACACUCUUAGAGCAAAGUAUGAGAUGGUAAAAAAAAAUAUAAAAAAGAAGGUCUCCCAUAACAAAAGGGAGCUAUUUAAAACAGGAGGUGGUACACCAGAUUAUCAUCCAAUUGAGGGACAUGAAGUGAAAUUGCUAGAAACAAUUGAAAUAUCUGCUGAAGGCCUUCAUUCUCGGAAGGACUCUGACAUCGACCUACCUCCUAUAAAUAUUGGUUCACGCAAUGAAAAUGAUAUCAUUUUCAUAGUAGAAGAAAAUAAAGAAAACAUUGAGGAUGGUGAGUUUAGCGAAGAGCUUCAACACAAGGCAAAGAAAACGAAGAAAGUCUUGGAUGAUUCAAAUGUGAUCAACACGUUGAAGAAAACAGAGGGAGUGAGUGAUGACCUUUAUUUAAAUCCAAAGCCUGGGCCCAGUCGAACUAAAGCAGAAAGAGAGAGUGAUAACCUUUAUUUAAAUCCAAAGCCUGGGCCCAGUCGAACUGAAGCAGAAAGCGAGAUAGUCACACCAAGGAGGUGGUGUCCAGAAUCCCUUAAAAAAAAGAACCCAUUUAAAGGAAACAAAGAAACAAAGACUACACAAGUGGAUAAUGUAUUGGAAGCAAGAACAAAACUUAUAAACAGUGAAAGGAGUCACGUUAGAAACGAGGAGAUCAGGGCAAAAUUGAAGCAUGAAAAAUAUAUGGAAGCUGCCGAGAGAAAGAAGGCGAUGGAGGAAGAAAAACACAAAAAAGAAAUACAGUUAUUAGACUUACAAAUUGCAAUGUGUAAAAAAAAAUUAAAUAUUGAAUAAACAAAAUUUUACAUGUGAA